CCAUGCGAUUUGAAUAAUUCGCCUCCAAAACCUGCAACCUUCAGGCCAUUUCUGUAUGACUCAGAAUCUUUUUUGAGCCUCUACCCCGGAUCAUCUUUAUUUUCUUUAUUUAUUCUUCUUGCACCUUGACAUCUCUGUUGGCAUUGGACAGCGCAAUUCCUCUCACCUUCUCGCCCUCAUCAUCAUCACCCCGCCUAACCCACCGGCCCGUCGCCACUCUUCAAGAUGGUCAUGCUCAAGGAACCGUGGAAGAAGUACAAGGCGUUCAAGCCGCUGCGUCUGCCCAACCGACAAUGGCCUGACAAGGUCAUCGAAAAGGCUCCUCGCUGGCUGUCCUCGUGUCUCCGCGAUGGCAACCAGAGUCUGCCCGAUCCAAUGAACGGCGAGGAGAAGUGGCGCUAUUUCCAGAUGUUGUGUGCCCUUGGCUACAAGGAAAUCGAGGUCUCUUUCCCCUCUGCGUCCCAGAUCGACUUCGACUUCACUCGCCGCUUGAUCGAAACCCCCGGCGCCGUGCCAGACGACGUAUUCCUCCAGGUUCUCUCACCCUGUCGACCCGAUCUCAUUCGAAGGACUGUAGAGUCAGUUCGCGGAGCGAAGAAUGCCAUCAUCCACAUCUACCUUGCUACCAGCGAGUGCUUCCGCCAGGUCGUCUUCGGCUACACUGAAGAGCAGACCCUGGAGCUCGCCGUCGAAUGCACCAAGCUCGUCAGGUCUCUGACCAAGGACAACCCCGAGGCUUCUGGAACGAAUUGGCAGUUCGAGUUCUCGCCCGAGUGCUUCUCCGAUACCGAUCCUGACUAUGCUCUGAAGGUGUGUCGCGCAGUGAAAGCUGCGUGGGGCCCCAAUGGAGCAGCUGGAGACCAAAUCAUCUUCAACUUGCCCGCCACAGUCGAGCUCGCAACCCCCAAUAUUUAUGCAGACUUGAUAGAGUAUUUUAGCACCAACAUUGGAGACAGGGAGAGUGUGUGCGUGUCUCUGCACCCUCACAACGAUCGCGGAUGCAGUAUUGCAGCAGCAGAACUAGGCCAGAUGGCAGGGGCUGAUCGUGUCGAGGGCUGCUUGUUUGGCAACGGAGAGAGAACGGGCAACGUCGAUCUCGUCACCUUGGCUCUAAACCUUUACACACAAGGCGUGAGCCCGCAAAUUGAUUUCUCUGAUUUGAACUCAGUCAUUGAGGUAGUCGAAUCUUGCACCAAAAUCCCCGUCCACCAGCGUGCUCCCUACGGCGGUAGUCUGGUCUGCGCAGCCUUCUCAGGCAGCCAUCAAGACGCCAUCAAGAAAGGAUUCCAGAACCGCCAGAACCUGGGCCUAUCCAAUGAAGACCCAUGGAUGGGAAUGCCCUACCUGCCACUGGAUCCUCAGGACAUCGGCCGCAACUACGAGGCCAUCAUUCGCGUCAACUCACAAUCUGGAAAGGGAGGAAGUGCCUUUAUUCUGCGUGCAAAACUGGAGCUCGACCUCCCUCGCGGCCUUCAAGUUGCCUUCUCCAAGAUCGUUCAGCGCCGCGCCGAGGAGCUUGGACGCGAGCUUCUGGCUAACGAGAUCACCAGCCUCUUUGAGUCGACUUACUUCCUCCACGAGAACCACCGCCUUAGCCUUAUUGACUACAGCAUCUCACCCGACCGAUCACAGUCUCCCAUGCCUAAUGCAUCUGGCAAGACCCAGGAUACGAAGAGCAUGAUCCGUAUCUUCGACGGUGUUAUCCUCCUGGAUGGCCAAGAGAUUAAGCUGCGUGGCCGGGGCAAUGGACCGAUCUCUAGUAUGGCGGCCGCCCUCAAGCAAGUCGGCAUUGAUCUCGACGUUCACGACUAUAAGGAACACGCCAUCGGUGAGGGCCGAGGUGUCAAGGCCGCAUCAUAUAUCGAGUGCAAACCUACCGGCAUGAAGCAGACAGUCUGGGGUGUCGGUAUUCACGAAGAUGUGGUACAAAGCUCCCUCCUCGCCAUGCUGAGCGCGGCGAGCAAUUUCCUCACUAGCCGGCCAACUAGCCCAUUCUUGAAGCCGGUUGCCGUCCCUGCUUCUCAAGAGACACCCAGUGUCGUAUCUAUUCUGGAGGAGAAGGCAGCAAACGGAAUUUAAAUCGUCAAAAAUGAAAACAAAAAGGUGUUCGUGUGUAUUCCAUUCAUGCGCCCGGAAUCUUUUCUAUGGCGCAUUCUCACAAAAAAUGGCGAUGUGUAGCUACAUGCAGGCUUUUCUAGAUUGAAAAAUAGGUGGCUUAGUUACGACUAGCUCUACCAGUUCAAUGAUGGUUGAUAAGAGAAAAUGUAAAUUAAAAAUGGGAAUUUGGUCAAAAACUUGAUAAUACAUAUGUCUUAUAUGUCU